AUGUCCACCCGCAAGAGAGGUCGCGAACCCGAGGAGGAGCUCCAAGCCCUCCCUAGUGAUGACAGCGAAGAGGAAGAAGAGUAUGAAGACUCUGAACCUGAACUAGAGGAAGGAAGUGGCGAAGAAGAAGAAGAAGAGUCAGCCUCGGCCUCAGACGAGGAUGAAGAAGAGGAAGAAGAAGAAGAAGAAGAAGCUGCCAAAGCACCAGCCCCAAAGAAACGAAAAACCGCCCCGAAAGUUGUUGACGACGACGAAGGUGUCGAAGUCGCCGAGAACGGCGCCAAAGACGAAGACAAAGACGAGGAAGAACUCGCCGACGAGGGAGAGGAGGAAGCCGUUGAUGCCACGGCGGAGAAGAGCGGUCCUGCUGCUGCGGCUGUUAAAGCUAAGGGUGGUGACGUUCCUAAGGAGUCUGAUCUUCCUGAGAUUGAGGAGGCUGAGAAGGAUGAGUAG